UUAUCAUAACACCGUGUGCUUUUAUUAUUCAACACUAACUGGUGAUAGAGGUUUCUAGUAUCUCCAUUACUGCUAUGCAUGCUUUCCUCAGAAGCACAACAUUGCUUAGAAUUCCCACGAGAAAUGGCAUCAUCAUCAACCUUCGAUUGUUCCGAUCGGAAUCCGAAAGCUAUGCUGAACUCAUCGAUAUAUACGCUCGAGAUCGAGCGUUUCACCUGGGUAAGAAGCUUCACGCGCGCCUAAUCACCAGCGGAUUUAUUCGCUUCAACGUCAUUACUUCCAACCUCGUAUCCUUGUACGCGUGUUGUGGCCAACUCUACCACGCGCGGAAACUGUUCGACAGAAUUCCAACGUCAAAUGUUCGUCGCUGGAUCGCCCUCAUCGGCGCUAGCGCUCGCUGUGGCUUCUACGAUCACGCUCUCGCCGUGUUCUCUGAGAUGCAAACCAUUCAAGGGCUUAAGCACAACUACGUUUUCGUCAUCCCAAGCGUUCUCAAAGCUUGCGGCCAUCUUGGUGAUAGAAUCACCGGAGAUAAAAUACAUGGCUUGAUUUUGAAAUGUUCGUUCGAGCUUGAUGCUUUUGUGUCCAGUGCUUUGAUUGUUAUGUACUCCAAGUGUAGGAGUGUUGAGGAUGCACGCAAGGUGUUUGAUGGGAUGACUGUGAAAGAUUUGGUUGCUCUGAAUGCUGUUGUUGCUGGGUAUGCUCAACAGGGUCUUGCAAAUGAGGCACUGGGUUUGGUGCAAAGUAUGGAAUUGAUGGGUGUGAAGCCAAAUGUGGUAACUUGGAAUUCUUUGAUAUCUGGGUUUUCACAGAAAGGUGACCAAGCAAUGGUGUCUGAGAUGUUUAGAUUGAUGAUUGAAGAUGGUGUUGAGCCUGAUGUGGUAUCAUGGACUUCUGUUAUAUCUGGUUUUGUGCAGAACUUUCGAAAUAAGGAAGCAUUUGACACGUUUAAGCAUAUGUUGCGUCAUGGGUUCUGCCCAACUUCAGCUACUAUCAGCACCCUUUUGCCUGCUUGUGCUACUGCAGCAAGAGUGAGGGUUGGGAAGGAGAUUCAUGGGUAUGCUUUGGUGAGUGGAGUGGAGGAAGAUAUUUUUGUAAGGAGUGCGCUGGUUGACAUGUAUGCAAAAUGUGGCUUCAUUUCUGAAGCGAGGACACUGUUUGGUAGGAUGCCAGAGAAGAACACGGUUACGUGGAACUCGAUCAUUUUUGGUUUUGCAAAUCAUGGGUAUUGUGAAGAAGCUGUUGAGCUCUUCAAUCAGAUGGAGAUGCAAAGGGAAGCCAAGCUGGAUCAUUUGACUUUCACGGCAGCUCUCACUGCAUGCAGUCAUGUUGGAGAUAUUGAACUUGGGCAAAGGCUAUUCAAGAUCAUGCAAGAAAAGUACAAUAUUGAGCCGAGACUGGAGCAUUAUGCGUGCAUGGUGGAUCUCUUUGGUCGAGCAGGGAAACUGGACGAAGCAUAUUGCAUGAUCAAGACAAUGCCUAUCGAACCUGAUAUGUUUGUAUGGGGUGCAUUUCUGGCUGCUUGUAGAAAUCAUGGGCAUGUGGAGCUUGCGGAAGUGGCUGCUAUGCAUCUGUCUGAAUUAGAGCCCGAGAGUGCUGCGAACCGUCUUCUGUUGUCCAGCCUAUAUGCCGAUGCUGGUAAAUGGGGCAAGGUUGAGAGGAUCAAGAAAAGGAUUAAGGGGGGAAAACUCAAAAAACUUCAAGGGUUGAGUUGGAUUGAUAAUUGA